GGACAGAGAGAUACAGACUCAGAAGGAGAGGAGGAGGAGACGUGUUCGUCAAGAAGAUUUUCACAAAUUGGAUUAAAAAACAGAACAACAAACACUCAGAAAUGGACCAGAAAUGGGUUUCUAUCAUCCUUCUUUUCUCAGCUGUCUGUGGUGUAUCUGCAUACGUUCCUCAUCGGUAUCACUUUGUGAAUGAGGGUAAAACCUGGACUGAAGCUCAGAGCUACUGCAGACAGACCUACACUGAUCUGGCCACCAUCAACAACAUGGAGGAGAUGAAGAAGCUGAAUGCUACUCUGAACAACAAUCUGAAAGACAAACCCUGCUGCCCUGUGUGGAUCGGCCUAGUCAGAGGGGUCACUGGGAAAUGGCUGUGGUCUCUGGCAAGCAGUGAGGGAAGCCUGUACCGAAACUGGUUACCUGGAGAACCAAACAACUGGAUGGGGGCGGGGGAGUUCUGCGUUGGGAUGUAUAAAAGUGAUGGAACCUGGAAUGAUGAUGUCUGUACAAAACCAAAACCUUUUUUAUGUUAUAAUGAAAACAAGAACACCACUGGGAGGUACGUACUCAUUAAUGAGUCAAAGAGCUGGAGUGAUGCUCAGACCUACUGCAGAGAACGUUACACAGACCUAGUCAGUGUGAGGAACCAGACUGAGAACCAGAAGAUCUGGAAUUUGGUAAAAUAUUCAAUCAGUCCAGAUGUUUGGAUUGGUCUGUUUAAUGACUCCUGGAAGUGGUCAGAUCAGAGUGACUCCUCAUUCAGAUACUGGGCACCUAACCAGCCAGAUAAUCAGGGUGGAAAUGAGAAGUGUGCUGCAGUGUCUAUGACUGACCAGGGUCACUGGUCUGAUUUGAACUGCCAAAACAAGUUGCCAUUCAUCUGCUUUGAGACUGAUAAGCUGAUCUUGAUCAAUCAGAAUCUGACCUGGAGAGAAGCUCUGAGAUACUGCAGAGAUAAUCAUGUGGAUCUGGUCUCAGUUCUCUCUGAGGAGAUCCAGCUCUGGGUGAAGGUGGUGGCACAGAAAGCCUCCACUGAACUUGUGUGGCUGGGUCUGCGUCACACGUGCACUCAGGGUUUCUGGUACUGGGUGAGUGGCUUUUCCGUCUGCUACCAGAACUGGGCUCCAGGUAACGGGACAGGAGGAGGAGACUGCAGCUCUGUAGAGAGAACCGGAUCGGUGCAGUCCAGAGGAGGUCAGCAGUGGGUCAGCCUGCCUGAGGACCAGAAACUCAACUUCAUCUGCACAACCUAUGAAGGUUUGCUCUUCUUCACCAUUCAACUUCAGCUUUCCAGCAUAAACACUAACAAUCAAUAA